AUGCCCCAUCCCACCCCCCACCCCAGAGAGGGGGAGGUGGACCCACCCCCAGACCAGGAGGUCCCACGGCCAACAGGGAACCCCGCCCCCGAGAGAGAGGGGGAGGCAGCUGGACACAAAGACCGGAGCGAAGAUGAUGAAGCAGACCUGACAAUCGACAGAAGGCCUCACCGCCCUCCAACUGGAGGCCAGAACAGCGCACCCAGAUGGACGCCAGCUAUCACCACCCCAGCACCCACGGCACAUAAGCGGACCCGCCACUGGAAGCGGGUUCUUCGGCAGAAAGAGAAGAGGAAAACACAGAGCCUAGAACUGAAUGUGGGGACUUUGAAUGUUGGGACUAUGACAGGAAAAUCUCGGGAGUUGGUUGACAUGAUGAUUAGGAGAAAGGUUGAUAUAUUGUGUGUCCAGGAGACCAGGUGGAAAGGCAGUAAGGCUAGAAGUUUAGGGGGAGGGUUUAAAUUAUUUUACCAUGGUGUAGAUGGGAAGAGAAAUGGAGUCGGGGUUAUUUUAAAAGAAGAGUUGGCUAAGAAUGUCUUGGAGGUGAAAAGAGUAUCAGAUUGAGUGAUGAGGCUGAAAUUUGAAAUUGAGGGUGUUAUGUGUAAUGUGAUUAGUGGCUAUGCCCCACAGGUAGGAUGUGACCUAGAGGUGAAAGAGAAAUUCUGGAAGAAGCUAGACGAAGUAGUUCUGAGCAUCCCAGACAGAGAGAGAGUCGUAAUUGGUGCAGAUUGUAAUGGACAUGUUGGUGAAGGUAAUAAGGGUGAUGAAGAAGUGAUGGGUAAGUACGGUAUCCAGGAAAGGAACUUGGAGGGACAGAUGGUGGUAGACUUUGCAACAAGGAUGCAAAUGGCUGUAGUGAACACUUUUUUCCAGAAGAGGCACGAACAUUGGGUGACCUACAAGAGCGGAGGUAGAAGCACACAGGUGGAUUACAUUUUGUGCAGACGAUGUAAUCUGAAGGAGGUUACCAACUGUAAGGUAGUGGUAGGGGAGAGUGUGGCUAGACAGCAUAGGAUGGUGGUGUGUAAGAUGACUCUGGUGGUGGGGAGGAAAAUUAGGAAGACAAAGGCAGAGAAGAGAACCAUGUGGUGGAAGCUGAGACAGGACGAGUGUUGUGCAGCUUUUCGGGAAGAGGUGAUACAGGCUCUCGGUGGACGGGAAGAGCUUCCAGAAGACUGGACCACUGCAGCCAAGGUGAUCAGAGAAGCAGGCAGGAGAGUACUUGGUGUAUCUUCUGGCAGGAAAGGAGAGAAGGAGACUUGGUGGUGGAACCUCACAGUACAGGAAAUCAUACAAGGAAAACGGUUAGCUAAGAAGAAGUGGGACACUGAGAGGACCGAGGAGAGGCGAAAGGAAUACAUUGAGAUGCGACACAGGGCAAAGGUAGAGGUGGCAAAGGCAAAACAAGAGGCAUAUGAUGACAUGUAUGGCAGGUUGGACACUAAAGAAGGAGAAAAGGAUCUAUACAGGCUGGCCAGACAGAGGGAUAGAGAUGGGAAGGAUGUGCAGCAGGUUAGGGUGAUUAAGGAUAGAGAUGGAAAUGUGUUGACUGGUGCCAGCAGUGUGCUAGGUAGAUGGAAAGAAUACUUCGAGGAGUUGAUGAAUGAGGAAAAUGAUAGAGAAGGGAGAGUAGAAGAGGCAAGUAUGGUGGUGGACCAGGAAGUGGCAAUGAUUAGUAAGGGGGAAGUUAGAAAGGCAUUAAAGAGAAUGAAAAAUGGAAAGGCAGUUGGUCCUGAUGACAUUCCUGUGGAGGUAUGGAAGCAUCUAGGAGAGGUGGCUGUGGAGUUUUUGACCAGCUUGUUCAAUAGAAUUCUAGUGCGUGAGAAGAUGCCUGAGGAAUGGAGGAAAAGUGUACUGGUGCCCAUUUUUAAGAACAAAGGUGAUGUGCAGAGCUGUGGCAACUAUAGAGGAAUAAAGUUGAUGAGCCACACAAUGAAGUUAUGGGAAAGAGUAGUGGAGGCUAGACUCAGGACAGAAGUGAAGAAAGCCUAUGACAGAGUACCCAGAGAGGAACUGUGGUACUGCAUGCGGAAGUCUGGAGUGGCAGAGAAGUAUGUUAGAAUAAUACAGGACAUGUACGAGGGCAGCAGAACAGCGGUGAGGUGUGCUGUCGGUGUGACAGAAGAAUUUAAGGUGGACGUGGGACUGCAUCAGGGAUCAGCCCUGAGCCCCUUCCUUUUUGCAGUGGUGAUGGAUAGGCUGACAGAUGAGGUUAGACUGAAAUCCCCGUGGACCAUGAUGUUUGCAGAUGACAUUGUGAUCUGCAGUGAAAGCAGGGAGCAGCUGGAGGAACAGUUAGAAAGAUGGAGGCAUGCACUGGAAAGAAGAGGAAUGAAGAUUAGCCGAAGUAAAACAGAAUAUAUGUGCAUGAAUGAGAGGGGUGGUGGGGGAAGAAUGAGGCUACAGGGAGAAGAGAUGGCAAGGGUAGAGGACUUUAAAUACUUGGGGUCAACCGUCCAGAGCAAUGGUGAGUGUGGUCAGGAAGUGAAGAAACGGGUCCAAGCAGGUUGGAACGGGUGGAGGAAGGUGUCAGGUGUGUUAUGUGACAGAAGAGUCUCUGCUAGGAUGAAGGGCAAAGUUUAUAAAACAGUGGUGAGGCCAGCCAUGAUGUAUGGAUUAGAGACAGUGGCACUGAAGAGAAAACAGGAAGCAGAGCUGGAGGUGGCGGAAAUGAAGAUGUUGAGGUUCGCUCUCGGAGUGACCAGGUUGGAUAAAAUUAGAAAUGAGCUCAUCAGAGGGACAGCCAAGGUUCGAUGUUUUGGAGACAAAGUUAGAGAGAGCAGACUUCAAUGGUUUGGACACGUCCAGAGGAGAGAGAGUGAGUAUAUUGGUAGAAGGAUGAUGAGGAUGGAGCUGCCAGGCAAGAGAGCUAGAGGAAGACCAAAGAGAAGGUUGAUGGAUGUCGUGAGGGAAGACAUGAUGGCAGUUGGUGUUCGAGAGGAGGAUGCAGGAGAUAGGCUCUCAUGGAAAAGG